AUGAGAUGGAUUUGCUAAACUAAAUUUUGUAUUUUAAAGGUAUGAUAUUUUAGAACUAUGUAGGGAGUAUGGAAUUCAGUUGUCUUAAUGGAAAGAAAUUAAAAUUUAGGAUUUUAACAAGUCUUUACAAUCUGA